AAGAACUGUCGCUGCCCUAAAAGGAAUGAGGAAGUGAGCUGUGCAGUGUUUGGCCCGCUCUGUCUGUGUGACGGCCCAUGAUGGUCUUUCCGGUCCCAGUAAUAUUCUGAAUUUCCACCUGCCCGCCCCAGCGGCUUAGAAUGCACAGCACAUGAAGUUAAAGCUGCUCAGUCUCCCUCUCUCUGCCCGUGGGUCAGUAGGAGCAGAGUGUCAUGCUGUGUCUGCUGCUACCCCCAGUUCACCAGAGAUAGAGGAACUCUGGCUAGAGACUCUCCAAGGACGGAGUCAGAGCCCCGCAGGAUUGAGACUCAGCCUUGGAUAGGCAGCCCCAACUCCAAUGAAGUUGAUAAGCAGCUUCGAUGCUCCCAAAACACUAAAUGCCAAUAAUAUGGAGUCUUUGAUCAAAUGUCAAUCAGAGGGUGACAUCAAGGAACAUCCCCUCUUGGCAUCUUGUGAGAAUAAAGACAAUAUCUGCCAGCUAAUUGAAGUUAAGAAGAGAAAGAUAGGGCGGCCCUGGCCCUUUCUCACGAGAAAGCUCUCCCCUUCAUCAGAUUUCUCUGGGGCUUUGGAGCCCGAGUUGAAAGUGCCACUGUUUGAUCAGCCUUUGUCAGCAAUCUGCAGUGAGGACGGCACACUGCCCAGUCCCAUUCAGGACAUCCUCACUAUUCUCUGCCUUAAAGGCCCCUCAACCGAAGGAAUAUUCAGGAAAGCAGCCAGUGAGAAAGCCCGAAAAGAGCUGAAGGAGGAGCUGAACUGUGGGGACCCAGUGGACCUGGAGAGGCUCCCGGUGCACCUGCUGGCCGUGGCCCUGAAGGACUUCCUCAGAAGCAUCCCCCUCAAGCUACUCUCAUGUGACCUCUUUGAGGAGUGGAUGGGCGCCCUGGAGAAGCGGGAUGAAGAGGACAGAAUUGAGGCCCUGAAGCAGGUUGUAGGUCAGCUCCCCCAGCCCAACCUCCUGCUGCUCAAACACUUGGUUUCCGUGCUGCACCUGAUCAGCAAGAACUCUGAGAUCAACAAGAUGGACUCCAGCAACCUGGCCAUCUGCAUUGGCCCCAACAUGCUCACCCUACAGAAUGACCAGAACUUGUCAUUUGAGGCACAGAAAGACUUGAACAAUAAGGUGAAGACAUUGGUGGAAUUUCUCAUUGACAACUGCUUUGAAAUAUUUGGGGAGAAUAUUCCAUCUCAUUCCAGCACCCGCAUUGCUUCUGAUGACUCCCUGGAACACACUGACAGUUCAGAUGUGUCAACCCUGCAGAAUGACUCAGCCUAUGACAGCAAUGAUCCAGAUGUUGAACCCACCAGUGCCCACAACUCUCCCAGCAGGCAACCCCAGGUAACCCUCACUGUGGCUGCUGGUUUGGACAAGAAUGGGCAACAGGGCACCUGUGAGUUAAGCCGGCAGCCCAUUGUUAGCACAGUAGCCAGGCUGAAAAGCUCCCUCAGCCAGCGGGCAGACAGGAGAUUCUCAGAACCCAGCAGGCCACCCUCACAAGAGUGCCUUGAGGGCCGGAUGACAAACCAAAAACUAACGAGAAGUGAGGACAACUUCACCAUGCCCCAGGCAGGCUCUUGUUUUGAACAUGAGGAAGCUGGAGACCCAUUUCCAGAGGAGGUGUUCUCUGCAGUAGGAGGCAAAACCAAGAGACCAGCAGACCUGAGGAUCAAGAACCUGACGCAGGGUUUGGCACUGCCACGGGGAGUGGUACCCAAAGCCCUUUCCAGUGGCUCCCUGGAUGGGUCUUCUGACUGCUCACCUGUGAAUUCUCCUUCCUAUCCCAAAAGAAAUUUCUUUACCAGACAUCAGUCUUUCACCACAAAGACUGACAAAAGCAAAUCAAACCGAGAAAUUAAAAAACAUUCCAUGUCAUUCUCUUUUGCCUCUCACAAAAAUGUACUGCCCAAAGCACCCAGCUUUGGAUCUGGGAAAUCGAAAGACCUUACCAGAGACCAGGUCAAGAAGAGUCUGAGGAAAGAAAGCCAGCUAGCUGGCCGGAUUGUCCAGGAAAAUGGGUCUGACCUUCACAGCCAAACAGCUCUAGGCUUCAGCUUGCCAUCCAGGGCCCUCUCAGGUGACGAUGUGUUCCAGCGAGUUGAUGGCAUGAGCCCUGGAAGCCCACCAUCUUAUGAGGAGGCCAUUCAGUGCCAGGCAUUGGGACUCAGGGCCUAUAGUGGCCAGACAGUCGGAAGUAUGAGGGCAAGAAUGCUCAGCCAGGACUCCAUACUGUCAUCUCUUCUGCCUUCUUACCAUGGAGGGGACUCAAGGAGCAGCUGCAGUGUGGAGACACUUAGUGGACACAGACUGUCUGCCAUGGCUGAGUACUGGAGACAGAGCAGUACUGUCAGUGCCUCUGUGGAGGCUCAAGGGCAUGUGACUGUACCAGGGAGACCUGGACCUCGGCUGAGGACCAUGUCGGAGUCGCUUCAGAAGGAUAAGCAGGACUAUCUCGGGCAACGGUGUAGCCAGCCAAUCUUUGAGGCUGACCAACUCCAAUAUGUUAAAGAAUCCUACAUUUAGGAAGGGAUACACCAUGACUAAUUGUGGUGUCUCUGUAUAUACAUGACUGUAUAAAGACCUGUGUGUAGAUUAUAUUUUCAAAAAAGUCAUGAAUAAGCUAGUUUCCAACAUUGUAAAGAGUCCUACUCCAUAAGGAUAGCUACAUGGUGUGCAUCAGGCAGUGUCUGUGCAUACCUGGAUUUGUGCAAUACUUAGCAAAUGUAAAAAGUGUAUUAUACACCAGAUGUUCGGUGUGAAGGUGUCUGCAUAAAUUCCCACAUACGUUUGUGUACUUGUGCACUUGUGGUACAUUGCUGUUCUUUGGUCCCAGGGGCAUUUGUCCCAUUGGCUACUGUUUAAAAAUCAUCUUUGCUCUUUUUAAUGUUGCUUUGAAUAUCACGUCAAUUUUCACAUUUUCUACAAAUUCCAUUAAAGAGAAAAUGUUUAAAUCUCUGGUAUAAGUUUGCCCUACUAAACAAGCUUGAGGUAACUAUAUACUGUAGAAGAAAGAAAUAGACUGUAAGAAAUAGAGUUCAGUGUUUGGGGUUGUCAAUGGCAUUAGGAAGAGAAAACUAAUAACAAAAUUAUGAAAAGUACUUAGGUAUGUCCUUUCAAACAUAUAAUUAAAGUUGGAAAUGCAUUACAUCAAUAUUAAUUCAUUUAGCGCACUUUGAGUUUCUAUGUAAUUCAAUGGUGUCUUAUGCUAUAGCAUAGAGGUAAAUGAUUUUAUGUAUUUUGGAAGUCAUAUAUAAAACUUCAAUGUAAUUUCACUACAAUAAAUUGCCUUAUUUGAAAGUAAAAAUGUUCAUUCCUUAUUGACAUGCUACCAUCUUUUCCUCACUUAAUAGAAAUCCGCCAGGAAAAUUAAUCACACAUGGGUUCACUCAACAAACAUUUAUUGACUAUAUAUGCAUCAUUCCAGACUAAUAAGCAAGCCUAGAAAUCUUGUGUUUAGGAAGACACAGUCCCUAUUUUCUGGGGGUUUGCAAAACCAUAAAGAAGUGCUUACUUUAAGCCACUUUUUCAGCAAGCAGUCAUUUGGAGGUGAGAAAAAUUUAGUAUGCCAAUACAAAAUAAUAUAGUAAAUGUAAUAUUUCCCAUUUCUAGUGAAUUAGGCUGGUCAGUACUUUUAUGCAUACAUAUUUUUCUUCAUUUAAUGAUGUUCAAUUGGCUUAAUUAUUAGCAAUUAUAAUGAUAAAAUGUUGAUGGUAUAUUAGAAUUUUACUGACCACCGAUUAAUAUACUUAUCCAAUAUCUUAGAAUUGGAGAAGGACUUCAAUUUUCCUUUUUUUAAAUUUUUUUCACAAAACACGGCUUCUGACCUGUUACAAAAAUAUUUUUGUAUUAGCUAGCUACCAGAUGAUGAAGACCUACUCUUUUCCAUUUAUUAAUAAUGUUGUACAAAAAAAUAAGAACCAAGAUACAUCAUGUAAAGGUACAAGAUCCCACUGAUGAAUGUAACUGUAUUAUAUACCUAAAAUGUACCAAUAAACUUAAUCAAAAAAAGAAUCACUCAUAGAAAAUAAUAAUAAUAAUAAUAAUGUACAAACUUAGCCAUUCUUUAUAAACCAGAUUGCUCAUGAAAGCGUGCUUAGACCUGAUACUAAAAAUACUCUAUUAAGCAUCAAUAAUACAUAAAUUUCAAGGAAUAAAUCCUCUCCUUCUGCCUGCUAGAUGAAGAAAAACAAUUCCUUUUCAGAGUUGAGCACUAAUAGAGAUACAAUUUUAGCAUCUACUUAUGCACCAAGCACUGUGCUAAGUUCUCACUGGACAUCAUCUGCCCUCUAUGUGUGUUUCCAAAGUCCCCCUUCUUAUAUGGACACUGGCUACAGUGGAUUAGGGCCCACACUAAUGACCUCAUUAAAGACCCUAUUUCCAUAUAUAGUAACAUCCUAAGGCACUGGGAAUUUUGGUGGUGAUGAUGGUUGUGGAUCCAAUACAUCCCGUAACACCAAGUUUUGCAAACUAGCAUCUAAUGAUACUUUAUUACACCAAAAAUUUUUAAUAUUUUACCAUAAGCACAAGGAUGUCUUCCAGUGAGAUUUGGAUGGUGUUACCAUAAUGCUUUUGACCAGGAUCCAAGAACAUCAGAGUUCUAUCAUCCAAAGAUGUCCUAAGGGCCUGUACAGCGACAAAUGGGAUAAUCACAAAUGUGUCUGGUGCUCCAAUGCAAAGUGCCUGAUAAUAUCAGGUUGAAAGUCAAGACCCACACCAAGACUUAAACCUAAAUCCAGGUUGAUUUUCUCUCCUCCUAUAAAGAGAGAAAGAGCUGUGUUGACACAAUGCACAAUGAUUACCUACAGUGACUCACUCUGCCCUUUCCCCAGAACUACCCUGGACUGAAAGAAAUCAAAGCUUGACAUAGAAAUAUUGGCUUGGGGAAGUUAACCAAAGCUAGGUUUAUCUCCAACCACCUCAAAGCUCAAAUCCAACAAAAACUGCAGUCGCUCUGCCCUGGGUCCUACAGGAGUUAAGUAGCAGCGAGGAUUCACAAUACUAAUAAGUCAAACAGUAAUGGCCACAGUUCUUCUAGAGAUGGCCAGAGAUGACAAUGUCCAGAGUGCUGUUAUAAAUGUUGUUUAUUCUAAUGCAUGAUUAAAAGAAUAAAGAGAUGAAUAUUCCUGACUGUGAUCUCCUGGGAAGAACCAUCAGUACAUACUUCCCUCCUACAGGGCUAAGCACACAGAAACCCACAUGAGAUGAGAUCCUGCAUAGCUGGAGUUCUUUUGGAAUUGAAUUACAUAAUCUUAACUCUUCAUCUGCAAAAAGAGAGUUACUGAGGAGUCAGAAGUAUAUACGUUUCUGCCGGAGAGUGAAUCACUUUCUAGCAAUAUUUCAAAUAUGGAUUGAGACCCUGCCUUUUGUCCACUCUAGAAUAAAAAUUAAAUAUAAGUGAAAAAAAAUUGAUGGAAAGAAGUGCUACUCUUCUCCUACUGCAGGCCACAAAGAGGAAGGCAUGGUGAUACAAGCAAAGCUUCAGAUGCAAAAUCUUGCCAGAGAAAGAAAAUGCAGAAUGUCAACAUUUCUGUGGGACAAGAAAGACAUGUUGACACAGAGUCUGUGACCUGCAUUCACAGAACCUGAGUUUUUGAACCCCCCAAAAUCUGCUCCCAUGAACAAGGCACUGGACCUGUCAAGCAGCAGUUUCUCCAUCUCUGAAAUGAAGAAAUAAUAACAUGCAUCCAUUGUGGAAUGGAUAUAACAGACAAUCCAGACACGGGGCUUACAUAAGAAAGAGGUACGUGCUCUCUAUUGAAUGAAAAGCAGGCAGCUGGACAUGGUGAUGCAUGUCUGUAAUCCCAGCACCUGAGAGGCUGAGGCAGGAGGAUCAACAUGUGUUUGAGGCCAUAGUGAAUUCAAGACCAGCCUGAACUACACAGUGAGACCUUGUCUCAAAAAACUAAACCAAAGAAAAGAAAGACAGGUAGACUGGGAGUCCAGAGCUUCAGUGGAG